GUUCGCCGGUGUCUCUUGCGCCGGUCCGACGCGGCGCGCCCCGAGACCACGAAAAGGAAGGGCUAAAGUAAGUGUUCCCCCCAGCCGCUAGAGUCAUAUAGAAAGUGUUUCCUUCCCGCCAGGCAAGUGCCUGUAGGAACCGGACCCCGUCCCCUUCACGGCCUAAACUUUCCCCUCCCUACCCCUUUCCUUGUGGCGAUCCCCUCGGUUCCUCUUGUUCUGGCAGUGAGCCCCUGCCAAGAUCAUGAAGCUCGUGAGGAAGGACAUUGAGAAAGAUAAUGCGGGCCAGGUGACCCUGGUUCCCGAGGAACCUGAGGAUAUGUGGCACACCUACAAUCUAGUGCAGGUGGGCGACAGCUUGCGCGCCUCCACCAUCCGCAAGGUACAAACGGAGUCCUCCACGGGCAGCGUAGGGAGCAACCGGGUCCGCACUACCCUCACUCUCUGCGUGGAGGCCAUCGACUUCGACUCUCAAGCCUGCCAGCUGCGGGUCAAGGGGACUAACAUCCAGGAGAAUGAGUAUGUCAAGAUGGGGGCUUACCACACCAUCGAACUGGAGCCCAACCGCCAGUUCACCCUGGCCAAGAAACAGUGGGACAGUGUGGUUCUGGAGCGCAUCGAGCAAGCCUGUGACCCAGCCUGGAGCGCUGAUGUAGCGGCUGUGGUGAUGCAGGAAGGCCUCGCUCAUAUCUGCUUAGUCACUCCCAGCAUGACCCUCACUCGGGCCAAGGUGGAAGUGAACAUCCCUAGGAAACGGAAAGGCAACUGCUCCCAGCACGACCGGGCCUUGGAGCGGUUCUAUGAACAGGUGGUCCAGGCCAUCCAGCGCCACAUACACUUUGAUGUUGUAAAGUGCGUCCUGGUGGCCAGCCCAGGAUUUGUGAGGGAGCAGUUCUGCGACUACAUGUUUCAACAAGCAGUGAAGACGGACAACAAAGUGCUCCUGGAAAACCGGUCCAAAUUCCUUCAGGUACAUGCCUCCUCUGGACACAAGUACUCCCUGAAAGAGGCCCUUUGUGACCCUACAGUAGCUAGCCGCCUUUCAGACACUAAAGCCGCUGGGGAAGUAAAAGCCUUGGAUGACUUCUAUAAAAUGUUACAGCAUGAACCUGACCGAGCUUUUUAUGGACUCAAGCAGGUGGAGAAGGCCAAUGAGGCCAUGGCAGUUGACACAUUGCUCAUCAGCGAUGAGCUCUUCAGGCACCAGGAUGUAGCCACACGGAGCCGGUACGUGCGGCUGGUGGACAGUGUGAAGGAGAACGCAGGCUCUGUUAGGAUCUUCUCCAGUCUUCAUGUGUCUGGGGAACAGCUCAGCCAGUUGACUGGGAUAGCUGCCAUUCUUCGCUUCCCUGUCCCUGAACUCUCUGACCAAGAGGAUGAUUCUAGUUCCGAAGAAGAUUAAUGAUUGGAACUAAUAAUCGAGACUACCUGUGUCUCACUCCUUCACUGUUAGAUUUUCUCAGCAUCCUUGUGACAGAAAGCUGCGAAAGUGGCACUUUGUGAUUCUUACAGGGGUUUCUCAUGUAUUUGGUCACACUAGGUGAUUUGUGGUUGGCAGGACAUGUAUUCAAACUGAACAAUAAAAGGAAAUAAUCUCCAUGUAUUACCAUCUUUAUUAAUUGGGAUAAUUUUAUUUCAGAAUUAUGAGUUAUUCGCAGUACUUAGAAACAUUUUGUAUAUUUAAAACGAAUGCCCGUAUAUUCUUUGGAAUAGACUGUAAAAUCCCAUACUGCAUGCUUUGAAGUAGUUUUCCUUAGGAAAAGCUUUUUAAUAUCUCAUCUUCAGUUUACAUUGUUUAUUUUAAUUCGGCAUGGUGUUCUUACACUGGUUUUCUUAAUGAUCCUUUUCUCCCCAUUUCCGCCCACAUUCCAUUUUUUUAAAUUUUUAAAUUUAUUUGCUAUUUUAAAUGAUAGCUGAAUAAUUAGAAGAUUUUCUUGGGGACAACUUUAAAAUGUGUUUUUCUUAAGAGACUUGUUAAACCAAUCAUGUUAAAAGUAACAAGGUGGGGGUUUUUUUGCUUUAGAACUAAUCGUAAUUGCUUCAGAGGAGCACUUAAUUAGUUAUUUUUAGGUCAUUGAGCUUGGGUCUGCUAAGGAUUCUCAGGAUAAUCUAUUUAAGGUGCCUUUAUUUUUAAAAUGAGGCUAAGGUAUGUGAUUUGCUUAUGGGCUAUUAGUGGCAAACCUAGAAGUAGUCCCCAGUCUGGACUUGAGUUCUUUGCACUGCUACACCAUUUAUGUAUUUAUUUUGUGGCUUAUCAUAGUUAAAUACUUAAUGCUACCUUGAAUUUGUAUUUGCUUUUACAUUCUUAAUGGACUUUCUCUACGCCCUAUUUUAGGGGUGAGAAAGCCUGUUCAGAAAGUUUAAGUCACAUCAUUAGUAUGUGGCAGUUGAUUUGUACUCCAGCUCUUUACCAUACUUAGGGAAUUUCGGCAAAUAGCUGAGAGUUUAAAAUAUUUUCAUUAUUUUUUCCAAGAGUUAGGGAGGGGGCCUUGAAAUGUAAUUGCAUCUUGACCUUUUACACAUCUCAGCUUAGCAAAAUAAUUAGGAAAGGCCUUAUGAAGAAAGAGUGAUAAUUCAGUCUGUAACUCCAGGAUCAGUGGUGCCUGCUUCAAAUAAGGACACUAAGUAAACUCUUGCUUGUCCUGUCUGUGUCUGAGCCUUUCUCCCGGUGUAAGUGCCAGGUUUGGGGAUUAUUUUUUUUAAACUUCCUAACUAAUCUGAACCUUUUUAUCUGUAGUUGGGGGUGGACACCUCCAUAUACUUUAAAACCACAUUUUUAUAUGUCUAUUGUACUUCCUAAUCAAAAUAAUUCAGAUUGUCUUUCUGUUAUAAUUCAUGAAUAUUUAAGAUACCAUUAAAAGUAUGUUAUUAAUAAUUUGGUAGGAGUGUAGAUAUGAAGUCACUAAGAUUCUUAAUGUUAGAGCCUGAUUGAUAAUGCAUCAUAUUCUCAGGAAGAAUUUGGAGAUUUGGGGCCUCGUGCUCAUAAUCUAUGCAGAACUGGUUAUUCCUAGCUGUUAUCCUUGGUAAUAAAAACCAGGGGAAAUAAAAGCUUAUGGUAAGUCUGACCAAUACAUUUUAGGACAUAAGUUCUCAAAUUUAGCCGCCUCUUAGCUUCACCUUGGGAGUUUUAAAAACUCUAUACCCAGACUGGACCCCAGACUAAAUAACCUUACACCCCUAGCAAUGCUGGAGUGUUUUUUUUAAAUUAUUAUUAAAGCUCCCAGGUGAUUCCAAUAGGCAUCAAGACUGAGACCCUUGAUUCAUGCGUUGCUAUUCAAAAGUGUGGUCCAUGGACCAGCAGCAUCCCCUGAGAGCUUGUUAGAAACUGGAAUCCAGGGCUGUACACUAAACCUAUUGAACUGCAAUCUGUAUCUUAACAUCUCCAGUUGAUUGCUGUGUAUAAUCAAAGCUGAUAAACAUAAGCAAUAGCUUAUUCUCCCUGUGCUACUUAAUCUCUGCCUAGGGUUGCCAGCCAUAGAGAAAAAGAUUUGAGUUUUAAGAGAGCUAAGCUGCCAAUAUUCAAUUAAAUUAUCUAUAAAACUCUAAAUGAAAGCCUGUUUAUAUGUCUAUAACAUAUUUAAAAUAUCUUUAAGAAUUUGUAUUUUUAAAAAGUUACAUAUUAUACCAAUACCAUUAUCAAGAGUAUAAAUCUUCCUAGAUGCAUAGGUGUAAAUAUCAAAAUAGUGAUAGCAUAUAAAAUACAAAAUUAAUUCAAAUAAUUAGUUUUUACUAUUCUAUAGAAAACAAAAUGAACCAUAGGUCUCUGGAAAUCAUAUGCACUAGUUUAAUUCCAAUUGCUCUUCAUUAAUAAGGAAUGACUAUGGUAACAAAUGGAAACACUGUCAAUAACAUACCUCUCACAUUAAUGCAAUGUUGUACUGUAAGUUUCCAUUUACCAUAAGGUGCUUGUUGUAAACAAAGAUUGCUUCCCUCACUAGGCUCAAUAAAUGAGAAGUUUGCAAUUUG